UUUUACCUCUGAACACAACUAGUCCAUUUUCUCUCUCUGUUGAUCACUCAGACACUCAUCAACAAUGGCAUCCUCAGAACAAGCAAUUGUAGCUACAUCACCGCAAGGAAAUCAAACUUUAGAAUUCGAUUCUCAAUUCGCUUCUGUUCUUUACGAUCUUUCCCAGCAAGUACAAGGAACAAUGGAAGACCUGCUUAAUACGAUUAAAGAAAUCGAUGUACAAUCUGCAGAAGUAACUGAAGAAAUGGAGAGGUGCAAACAAUCUGCCAUGGAGAGGAGGAAGGCCAUUGAGCAGGAGAAGGAAUGUUUUCAGAAAGCUGCAUAUGCUGUUUUAGAUGUGCUCAACAUUGCAGACAACAAACAGAUGUUUCUGGAAAGUGGCUCCGAGUACUGAUGUGAAUUCGCAAGUGCAACAUAGUAAUAUGGAUAUUGAUAUAUAUAAUAUAAUUGGCGGAGCUGCUGAUAGUUUGGGAUCACGAACUC